AUGACCAUAGAGGAUCUUCCGGAUCUUUCGUUAGAAGGAAAUUCUUUGAUUGGAAGAUACCCAUUUUUAUUUUCAGGUUCUGAAACACCAGUUACCUUCUCCAUUUCUGCAGCACCCAUGCCGUCAGACUGUGAAUUUUCUUUCUUUGAUCCUAAUGAUGCAUCAUGCCAGGAAAUUCUCUUUGAUCCCAAAACUUCAGUAUCAGAAUUAUUUGCCAUCUUAAGACAAUGGGUUCCUCAGGUCCAGCAGAACAUUGACAUUAUUGGAAAUGAGAUUCUUAAGAGAGGCUGCAAUGUGAAUGACAGAGAUGGACUGACCGAUAUGACACUUCUGCAUUAUACCUGCAAGUCUGGGGCUCACGGUAUUGGUGACGUUGAAACAGCAGUGAAAUUUGCAACUCAGCUCAUGGACCUGGGAGCCGAUGCAAGUUUGCGGAGUCGCUGGACAAACAUGAAUGCUCUGCAUUAUGCUGCAUAUUUUGAUGUCCCGGAGCUUGUGAAAGUGAUUUUGAAGACAGCUAAACCAAAAGAUGUGGACGCCACUUGUAGUGACUUUAACUUUGGAACAGCUCUGCAUAUUGCGGCAUAUAACUUGUGUGCAGGUACUGUGAAAUGCUUACUGGAGCAUGGAGCAAAUCCUGCAUUUAGGAACGACAAAGGGCAGAUCCCUGCCGAUGUUGUCCCAGACCCGGUAGAUAUGCCAUUAGAAAUGGCAGAUGCGGCGGCAACUGCCAAAGAAAUCAAGCAGAUGCUGUUAGACGCGGUGCCUCUGUCUUGUGAGAUCCCCAAGGCGAUGCUUCCCAACUAUGAUCAUGUCACUGGCAAGACGAUGCUGACGUCACUUGGCUUGAAGUUAGGGGAUCGUGUUGUUAUUGCAGGACAGAAGGUCGGAACUCUACGAUUCUGUGGAACAACUGAAUUUGCAAGUGGGCAGUGGGCUGGCAUUGAAUUAGAUGAACCAGAGGGAAAAAACAACGGAAGUGUUGGGAAAGUCCAGUAUUUUAAAUGUGCCCCCAAAUAUGGCAUUUUUGCCCCCGUUUCAAAGAUCAGUAAAGCAAAAGACCGAAGGAAGAAUACUGUCCACGCUUCUUCCACAAAAGCUGUGCCUCUCAUGAAGUCCCAGAAAAUUGAUGUGACCCAUGUAACAUCCAAAGUCAGUACAGGAUUAAUGCCAUCAAAAAAGGAUAGUGCUUCCGAAUCCACACCCUCCUUACCUCCUGGUGAAGAAUCAAAACCUGUGACAGGGAAGGAUGCUACGACUCUGGGAUCUGUCAGCAGCUCCUCCUCCAUGUCCUCUUUGGAUCACAAGCAGAAUUACCUCAAGAAACGGAGUGGGAGUAACAGUAGCAAGAAGACAAUGAGCAAAAGCUCUUCUGUUUCCUCACGAGCCAGUGCUGGUUUAAACUCUUCAGCAACAUCUAUGGCAAAUAAUACAAGCUGUGAAGGAGAACUCCGUCUUGGAGAGAGAGUGUUGGUGGUAGGACAGAGACUUGGGACCAUUAGAUUCUUUGGGACAACAAACUUUGCUCCAGGAUAUUGGUACGGCAUUGAGCUGGAAAAACCCCAUGGCAAGAACGACGGUUCUGUUGGAGGUGUGCAGUAUUUCAGUUGUUCUCCAAGAUACGGGAUAUUUGCUCCUCCAUCCAGAGUGCAAAGAAUAACAGAUUCCCUGGACACACUUUCAGAAAUUUCAUCGAAUAAACAGAACCACUCUUAUCCUGGUUUUCGGAGAAGUUUCAGUACAACUUCUGCUUCUUCCCAAAAAGAGAUUAACAGAAGAAAUGCUUUUGCCAAAUCCAAAACCGCUUUGCGUCGUAGUUGGAGCAGCACAGCUACGGCCAUUGAAGGGAGCGUGAAGCUGCAGGAGGGCUCCCAGGUCCUCCUCACCAGUUCUAACGAGAUGGGAACCGUUAGGUACCUGGGCCCCACGGACUUCGCGUCGGGCAUCUGGCUUGGACUGGAGCUUCGAAGUGCCAAGGGGAAAAACGAUGGUGCUGUGGGUGACAAGCGCUACUUCACUUGUAAACCAAACCACGGCGUCUUAGUUCGGCCAAGCAGAGUCACCUACCGGGGGAUUAAUGGGUCAAAGCUUGUGGAGGAGAAUUGUUGA